GACAGAUUGGAUUUCUUCCUGUCAACCUCUGUACGAGACCUCAACAUACGUCCCACGUCCCCACACAGCCAAGAUCAAGAUGUCCUUCCUUGGAUUCGGCCGUCCUCAGCCCUCGUCGGCUGAGAAGAUCGCCGCCGUCGAGAACGAGAUGAAGAUUGUUUUCGACAUGCAGAACCGUCUGAACAAGAUGUGCCAGCAAAAGUGCAUUCCCAGCGACUACCGCGAGGGCGAGCUCAACAAGGGCGAGAGCGUCUGCCUGGACCGCUGCGCUGCCAAGUUUUUCGACGUCCAUAUGAAGGUCUCGGAUAUCAUGCAGAGCGAGCAGCAGAGGCAGAUGGGUGGCGCCGGCGGUGGUGCUGGCUGGGGCCGAUAGAGCUUCGCUUGGAGCUGGAGAUGCUUCUGAGCUGCCGGAGGAUGGACAGCGCACAGCUCUCUGAUUAUACCUUAUGAAUGCGUCGAAGAGUUGUCAUGGAGAAGCUCGACCACGACUUUCCCUUCCAAGGGAGAUGGGUUUGACUCUCAAAUUCAAUGAGGAAUUGGGCUUCGACCAGGGACUUCGAUGCGGAUUAUGAGUGGGCUAGGGAAAACGGUCCAUGUUGUGGAUUCACAUGCGUGCAUUGUUAGGCUUGGCUUGAUACCCCAUGGGUAUGUGAUAUUGUAUUAUAGACAUUCCCCCUCAUCGAAAGACAGUUUAAAAAAAGAAGAAGAAGAAAAAAAGAAAUCAAAUAUGUCCGCGGCUUGCAUACCAUG